UUGUGGUCGUGUGCUCUCUCGAGGCACCUCUCUCUCCCAUGAUUCCUAAUUGCAAGUACAUAUAACACUGCUUUCUCUCUUUUAAAACCAGACAGCAGAGAGAACUUUGUGUGAGAGAGAGAGAGCAGGCAGAACAUCAUGGGAAGGGCUCCCUGCUGUUCGAAGGUGGGAUUGCACAAGGGCCCCUGGUCCACUAAAGAAGAUGCAGUGCUCAUCAAUUACAUUCAGCAGCAUGGUGAAGGCCAUUGGAGAUCAUUGCCUAAGAAAGCAGGUUUGCUUCGAUGUGGGAAGAGUUGCAGGCUGAGAUGGAUGAACUAUUUACGACCAGACAUCAAGCGCGGGAACAUCACCCCGGAUGAGGAGGACCUGAUCAUCCGCAUGCACUCACUGCUGGGCAACCGCUGGUCUCUCAUCGCCAGAAUGUUGCCAGGCCGAACGGACAAUGAGAUCAAGAACUACUGGAAUUCCCACCUGAGCAAGCGAGUGAACAACAAGUCUACCGGGACUAAGCCGAAGCCGAGUGGCAAUAAUAAACCUGCUCGGGGUCCAAAGAAGCGCAACAACAGUAUCGGCGCUACCUCUGAAGUAGCCAAGUCAAGGAAGAAGCAGAAAGUGAAGGUGGGAAUGAUAAAAGUCCAUCAACCAAAGGCCGUCAGGGUGUCGCCAUAUUCCAUCACGAGGAACAACAGCUCCGAUGGCGGCCCUAGUGGGUUAUCAAGCAGCAUUCUCGGAGCCAAAGGUGGCCUUAGUGAAACCAUGAAUUACGGAGCCGUGCAAAGCGUGUUGGAUGACGAUGAUCAAAUAUAUCAUGAAGAUUAUUAUUGCGAUAUUAUUGAAGAAGGUGAUCGGUCACAUUCUUCAUGCAAUCUGGAGAAGAUUUUCGAGGAAUAUCAGCAACUCCUAAAAGGAGAUGAUAAUGUUCAGUUAGAUUCGUUUGCCGAUUCCCUGUUGAUAUGACAUUUAAAUAAUCUUCUGAUAAUUAAUUGGCCAGUUUAUGUAUUUGGGCAAAUUGUGAGAAAGAGUUGCAUGCUGGACUUCGUCUCCGUGUUUCGCUGGGGGAGAAAAAAAGAGUUACGUAAUGGAUUUUUAUAGUUAUGGUAUGUUAAAAAAGUAAAAAUAGAGAGAAAGGGGGUGUAGUGCAGUGUCUAAUACCCUCAUCUGGUAACUUAAAAGUUUCAAGUUAGAUUUUCAUCAGUGAGACUA